GGUGUAGUUGUAGUGGUAGUUGUUGGUGUAGUUGUAGUGGUAGUUGUUGGUGUAGUUGUAGUGGUAGUUGCUGGUGUAGUUGUAGUGGUAGUUGUAGUCGUAGUUGUUGUAGCCGACGUUGUAGUCGUGGGUUUCGUUGUAGUGGUUGUAGUAGUCGGCUCGGGUGUAGUAGUUGUCGUCGGUUCAGGUGUGGUGGUCGUAGUAGUCGUUGUUGUUGGAGUGGUAGUGAUAGUUGUAGUUGGAAUAGUUGUUGUAGUCGUAGCCGUAGUAGAAGUUGUUGUAGUUGGUCUCCUUGAAAUAGUGGUACUGGUACUUCUGAAGGUUACGGGAAGUCUUCUUUGCGGUUUACGAAUUCGUGAUGAGGGGCGUGAGCGAGGGGAUAGCAGGAUUCUAGGCCGUGGUCGUUGUCCUGGCCGCGGAGGCCGUUUAGUGAACGGGAAGCGGUUCUGA